AUUGACACGUGGAUUAAACGAUCUAAACAAAUACACAUAUCGUGACAAAAGUCACAUUAUAUUAUCAUAUCAUAUGAGCAAGAUGCUUGUAACAAACAACUUAAAUUAGUUACAGUUGAUGACCUUUGGAACGAUAUUCUGGACAUGUCAGAUGAUAACAAGAAUUAUCUAAUCUUCCCUCAGCAAGUACAAUCUGGACUGGUUACUAAAACAUUUAGGGAUGUACGUGUAAUAUUUACUUCUAAGUGACACAUUUAUAUCUAAAGACGACUUUUUAAGAAAAAAAACAGUUGGGGAAGCAGCGAGAAAAAUGAGUGACAUGAAAAGAAGUGGUUCUCUGCCCACGGCAACAGAUGGACAUGACACGUUUAAUUUUGACGGAGUUUUUCGUGACGUCAAUAACAAGCAGACAAGAGAACGUCUGUACGCAGCACAAAAAUUAGUUUCUGAAGGAAAGUGGCAAAAUGCAAAGGAUGCGUUAAAUGUGUUGAUAUCAGAAGUGACGGACAAACAUGAUAAUAGAAAUUUACGAAUGAUUCUGAAAGAAAUCAAUCUGUACCAAGAAAGACAUAUCGAUGAUUCCGUUGAACGUCACGAAGCUGUGAAUUGGAAAACCGUAUGUGAGCGCAGACCUACGAGGUAUUCCGAACGAUGGGAUGAACUACCUCAAAGUAUUUUUCUUUUGAAAUCUUGGAAAAUGGAAGAUGGAUCUCUUCGUGUUUUAGUAGGAAGACGAAUCCUUUCUCACCAAUGGAUUGCAAACAAAAUCCGUGAAUUACACUGUAGUCAUAUUCGUGGUAGCAUGCUCCUUGGCGUUUUUGUAGAUCUUAGGAUACAAGACGAUGGCGUUGUUGUACUAUAUAGACAAUUAACUGGAUCUGAAAAGAAAACUAUCAUGCACGACAUAGUUCACAAACAUUUACAGGAAAUGGAAUUGGUAUUUCCUUUCCCAGCCUUGCAGACGGAGUAUAAAACUGAAAUUCAUUGCCCGGAUGAAGGAUGGGAAAUAGAUGAAACAUUAGCUCUUCAGCUUGGGGAAGGUGAAGUCUUUCUUAGAGAUUUUUCAAUUCAAUUUUUAAAAACUUUGGGAAAAGAAGACUUGUUCUUGUAUGACCCUGCCUGUUCAACUGGUCAGUUUUUGGCAACCAUGAAAGAGGCAUUCCCAAAUAGUUAUACAGCUGGACAAGACCUUAGCUACCAGAUGACACUGUUUGCAGGAAAACGACUAGAUGAAGUUCACCAUGGUAACGCCGCCGAACCGAAAAUUGCAGACGAUAUUGCGGAUGUAGUAUUUGUAAGGUUUAUUAAUUCCGAAGUAAUGAAAGCUUCCGAUGCACGUUUAAUGGUUCAUCCUCUUGUCCGUGUUUUGAAGAAAGGUGGCCAUCUUAUAAUUUUUGGUCAUACUCCUGUUUUAGUGUCGUCUGCCGACUUACUGAUGGACGAAGGACUUGAAGUACUGCAGUGUAUUGGAGGAGACGCUAAAUGGGACGGUGUUUUCCAAUACUAUGUCUGUAAAAAACUUUGACACUUGAAUGUUCAAAAUGUUAUACGGGUUUUAGAUAUGUGCUUUUGUUGGCUUGUAAUGAUGGAAGUUGUGACUUAGCGGCAAUAUAUAAAUAAAAAGAUAGAUGGUUUCAAGACU